AUGUCCCUGUCACGCAGCGUGGCUGCCAUGCAUUUCCCAGUAACAGCGCCGCCGCCUGUACCAGUACCACAUGCUCCCCACACUGGAGGACUCCAUGAAGCGACAGCGACAGCGUCGUCGUCGGCUGGUCCAACGUCGACGAGCAUCGCAGCAGGACCUCGCGUGCGCAGCAGUUGCGAGACUUGUGCAGCCUCCAAGUUGAAGUGCUCCAAGGAGAGGCCUCGCUGCGCCAGAUGUGUCAAGCGUGGCUUGGACUGCACCUAUGUCUUGCUGAAGCGCGCGGGCAGGAAACCAGGUCAACCCCAGACAUCUUCCAGGUCUCGACGAAGAGAACCGUCAAGUGGUGGCCCUUCACCCCCAUCGGGAGUCACUGGUACCAGUACUAGCUCUGACAUGCUGCAAGACUUGUUCGGGACACCAUUGGAUAUGACAGUGGAUGGCUUCGAUGCGGCAAUGAGUGACAGCUCGACAUUCCACAGUAGUGAUCUGCUUGACGAUCACUCCCUGUCCGCAUUCACGGCAGACCCCUUCUUCAUACAUGGCCUGGAUGAUCAGCAACUGCACUCAAUCUGCGACGACGACCCGCAUAGCAUGCUUGGUGUUCCACCUCUAAUGAAUCACGCUUUGAUGGAGCCUAGGACUCCCCGAGCUCUCUCGAUAUCGGACAAUGGCUCACAGCAUCUCCGGACUGGUCGGCUCGACGGCGUAUCCUGCUCAUGCUUGGCGCGCGUUCUCUCAUUGUUCCAGCGAUACUCAGCUUCGUCUGAAAGUUUGUGUAUGCAUCAGCGUAAACCCGAGCUUGAUGAGAGGCUCGAGAAUGUCUCCACACAAUCCAUUCUUAGCCAGAACGGAACAGCCGUCGAGCUAUUGAGUGGUAUUCUGGAGAGCCCGUGCUGCCAGGAUGGUUAUCUUGUCGUCAUGGUGGCCUUGGUCACCUUUAAGAUCUUGGGCUGGUAUUCUGCUGUGGCGCAACGUACCAAGACCUUGCUGCCAGGAGAGCGUCACAACCCAUCGCCAUCUUUCGACGAACAACAUUCAAAUACAACCACCACCAUCCGAGGCUUCUGUCUAGACGGCGAGGAUUCAGAGAGGAGGACAGUCCAGCUGAUCCUGGGCGAGCUCCACCCUGUGCGGCAACUGAUCGAAAGGUUUGCAUUGAGACUGAAGCUGCUUGUGGAAGAGAUGCAAGAUGCAGAUAAAGCAGGAGUUGCUGCGAAAGACCUAUGCGCAAAUGCGAUGCUGUCAACAUCAACGCUCGUGUAUAAGCAGCUCGAAACGGAUCUUCGAAGUGAGUGGAGGGCACUAUCGGCGCGUGUUAUCGAUCGUCUGAAGAAUCUGUGA